AUGUCGUCACAACGUAAAUUAGAUCAGUUUUUUAUUAAAAAAAAAUUAAUUCAGAGUACGGAAAUAGUGACAACAACAAUUGAAAAAGAUGAAAGUAAUUCUGGUUGUUCUGAAUCAUUAUUAUCUGGUAAGCGUUCAAAUGAAAUUGAAAAUGACAAUGUACCUAUUAAACGCACACGAAUUGGAAGUGAACAAGAAGAGGUUAGUAAUGAUACAAUGGAUAUGUCACAAAUUAUUAACAGUUAUAAACCUCUCAAUGAAUUUUAUUUGGAAAAAUUUCUGAUAAUUUUGACGUCAGUUCAAAAACAUCAUCGUCAGUUGUUCAAUGAAACUGAACUUGAGUUAUUUACAAAACUUGAAUUAUUACCAGCAUCGUCACAAAUUAUUUUCAUUCGAUUAUUAAUGAGACGUUGUAAAUGGAUACGAUUAUCGGGUAUUAAAUAUGAACGAUCUUCAUCAGAUGAUCCAACUGUGAAUUAUUUGACACCUUUAGUUGAAAAUAAUUUACUUUCUGAUAGUACAAGUUUUAAUAAUCUAGAAGAUGGUUUAAAUUUAUUGACAUCAAAUGAAAUGAAAGAAUUUUCUAAACGAUUUCAUUGUUCAUCCAAAACAAAAUCGAAAAAAUCAUCGAUAGAAAAUUUAAAAAAUUUAACAAAUCAAUAUAAAAGUUUAUUUUCAAAUGGUGAUACACAGUCGACAAAUCGUGAUCAUUUACUAUUAAAAGAGUUAAGUGAUAGUGUACGUAAACUUAAACGAGUGAUUGGUCAAUGUUAUAAAGUGUCAGAAGAUGUUCGUGCAAUAUUUUUUCGAAUGAUGUUAGCUCAUCAUCCGUGUGCUCUUCUCUCAAUGGAUGAAUUAGAUCAAAAUGCAUUUACACUAUUAUUUAAAUCAUUACAAAUAACUCGUGGAGAUUUACGUUUACCUUGGAGAGAUGAGGAUGUGAAUCAUGACUAUUCACCAUUUAAAACUACUGAACAAUUGAAACGUUAUCAAGAAGCAAUUGAUCUUGAAAUUGAGUUUAUGAGAUUAGAAGAAUCUAAAAAUGUUAAUGCUCUAUUAGAUUUUUAUGAUGAAAAUAAAUUAGAGAUGAAAAAAACAAUUAGUGCACAAAUGGAAAGUGAUCGUCAGUUACUAAGCUAUUAUCGUCGAUUUUCAUCGGAAUAUGUCCAUACAAGAAUAUUAGCACAUAUAACAGAGAAUUUACAGCGUGCACGUCGAUAUGAUGAAUGUGUGGAAUUACUUAAAUUUCUAUUAGAUCAAACUGUUUAUGGAUGUAGCGGUCGUGGAAAAUUAUGGAAUCGUUUAGCUUUAAUAGAAGAGAAUUAUAUAAAAGAUAUUCAAAAGUGUUUGGAUACGAUUGGUCGAGCAAUCAAUGAUCCAUUCGUUAAACUUGGUGAUCGUUUGUCGUUAUGUGAUCGAGCAAGAAAGUUAUUAGUGAAACCAAAAAUCAAAUAUUCGUUAUCGUGGACGAAUGAACAACUAUUAGUCGUGUCUAGUCCAAAAGAAAUCCAAGUUACCGGUCGACUAUUGGCCAAUGAUAGUCUUCAACGAAAAGUCACAUUUGUCAUCCAUGAUCCAAAAGAUGGUUCUAACCAAUUUUGUAGUGUUGAACAACUGGCUAUUCACCAUUAUCAAACACAAGAAGGAUUUAUAUAUGAAGGCUCUGUCAUACGAACAUUGAUUGACAUUUUAUUUUUGGAUAUUAUAUUUACAAUUCCUUUGCCUCAUCUGCUUAUCGAUUUACUUCAAACUGAACCACUUGAUUUUGAUUCGAAUGAUUUUUAUACUAAUAGACAAAAUGAAAUCGAUCAACGAUUAAAUGACAUGAAAUCUGAAGAGGCUAUCCAAGAGAUUGCUGAUAAAAACUGGAUAUCGUAUAAUGGUACAAUGACAUGUGCUGUUAGUUGGGAUCUAUUUCAAAUAAAAGAAAAUCUGCUCAACGCCUUGAAAUGUCUACAACCUGCACAAAUACAAUUAUUGGCCAGAUAUCUGUUUGAAUAUAAUCGUUCAGCACGAAAGGGUUUUCCGGAUUUAUUUGUUUGGAAUCCAAAUACAAAAAAAUGUAAAUUUGCUGAAGUGAAAAGUCCUAAAGAUCGUCUAUCGUUUCAUCAACUUGUUUGGCUAGAUACGCUCGACAAAUUUGGACUUAGUUGCGAAUGUUUAAAACUGCAACUGGAACUGUUAGUAACUGUUGCAAAAACAUUUUGA